UGACAUGAGGUUAUUUAUCGGACAUACUUGUACAAUGAUGUCAACAUCUAACUGACCAUCGCUAACCACUGAUAUGAGGCUCAGUUUAAUAUUGAAACGUUCGCAGUGUUUUAGACGAAUCACCGUUUGUUAAAAUUUUUGCAAGCUAUUUAUACGCAUCAAAACUCACGUACGAUAAAGUGUUGUUUUCAUCUCAGCGAAACGUUUACCGUAUUCAUUUCGGAUAGAUAAGGACAUUUAUAGGUUCUGCUAUAGUUUACAUAUUAUGCGUUAUUUUUUAUUUUAAUCUAAAACUUAAAUGCUAUUGGAUUAGGAUUUACACAUACAUACAUCGAACGUUGUUAACUGUUUGUGGAAACCUAAAGUUUACGCUACUGAACGUCAUGAAGCUGGCAAUAUUAGGGGCCACGGGCCCUUCAGGAAUACAAGUUGUGAAGGAGGCGUUGGCGAGAGGGCACGAGGUCACCGCCGUGGUCAGAAACCCGGACAAAUUAACGGAAAAGCACGAAAACCUUAAGAUCGUAACAGCGGACAUUUUCGACUCCGAAUCACUGGUUCCCCAUUUCGAGGGCCGGGACGCAGUCCUGUCAUGUCUCGGGUGUGGACCUAGCUUCUUCAGCAUCUGGACCAUCACCUUCUACACCGACUCCGUGAAGUCCAUUGUCGCCGCCCUGAGGAAGGCCAAGGUCACGCGGUUCGUCUGCAUGGCAUCAUGGUAUACCAAAUACGACGCGAAUGACCCGUUCAUCAUCAACUGGGUGUUGAAGCCUUUGUUUCUGGGCCAGUCCCUGCAUAACAUGGGACAGAUGGAGGACUUCCUGGAGGCCGACUGCUCGGAUAUCCGCUACACGUCCGUCCGUCCUCCGCAACUCACAAACGGGGAAACUUCCGGUAAACCGGUUUUGUUUGAAGAGGGCCAACGGAUCAGUUCAGCGGAGAAACGAAAGUUCAUUUGUUGUCGACGUGACGUCGCCAGGUUUAUGCUUGACGUUACAGAGAAAGACGAACAUAUCCGAAAAUGUAUGGCUAUCGCUUCCGGUUGACCUCGGGUCACGUGACAAUAUAUUUUAGAAGGGGAACACUUUUACUUCCGGUUUAUUCUCCAGGAUGAAAGUGCAGACGAAAUUAUCUCCACAAAAUGUUAUUGUGUUCAGUGAUUUAUUCACAAAGUCAUUCCGUAUUUUUCAUAAUUAUUAUGGCCUAAGUUAAGAUUCAUUACAAAAUGGAGCCAUCUUUAGCGUUGAGCUUACGACAACUCAUGGUAAGAUCAUGUAUUUCAAUUAAAUACUUCUAAUGGUUAUUUGUAGAUCUACAUAAGUCUUAAGUCUAAUUUUACUUUUCAAACCAAACAAUUUGUUUCAGAAUUUAUCACUAUGUAAUGGAUAAAGAACUUACAAAAAAAAUGAAUGGCUUGAUUGGACGCAGUCACAUGACCAUUUAUGUUAUCUUAGUACAAACUAACGAUCUUUAAGAUUUAAAUUGUCUACAAUAUAUUGUGUAGACAACCCAUUAACUGGACCAGCCAUUGUUUAUAUCUACCGCUUCACCUGAUUAAAUUCAGUAACGGCUGACUGCUGAUUAAAUGAACUGAAUAUUUUGCAGAACUUGAAAAAUACUGAAUUCUCAUUGGACAAAAUAUAAUGAUGACCACCAAAAUCAAGAGGGUUGAACAAUCGAUCGAACAAAACGCUCGUUAAUAAGAUGGCUUUUUUGGUGAACAAACACAGCAGAAACUAUCCUAUCAUUUUAUGAUUUUCAGUCGAACCUCAUUGGCUCAAACUCCCAUGGACAUGCUAAAAAAUCUCGACCUGCGGAGAGUUUGAGCCAAGCGGGAAUGCUAACCUUCAGUUUAAAAAAUCGGUCCUUAACAUCCAGUUCGAGCCAACGCGGAAAUUGACCCAAUCGAGUUCGAGCCAACGAGGUUCGACUCUACGAUAAAAGACGACUGUGACAAGUUCUAUGGUGACUGUAAAGUUUUAAGAGAUCCAAAAUAAAUGUGAUUUGAAAUAUAUGAUGUUUAAACUUGUUGAAUGCCGUUCUUGGUACUAAUAGGUGAUAAAUCAAAUCAUGAUAUUGAAUAAAUUGUGAAGUUAUAUGCAUGUCAUGUUGCCACUACGAAUCAUUAUAAAUACAAUUGCGUUUAAAGUGACACUCUUAUUCAACAUACACAUGUAAAACAAACAUAAAAUUUGAGUGAUAAACCUUUAAUGUAUUAUUAACUUAUGCAAAAUUAAUUACUGAUAACAAGAUUGUUAACGUGUAUUUAAUAGCUGAAAACGCAAAGAUAUUAAAUGAUUGGUGAGUGCUAAAAGAUUUACUGUGAUCUACUAUCGUUUCAUUAGGUAGAAAUACCGUGUUUUCAGUACCUUUCUUUCAAAAUAAAUUCGGUAUCCGUCAUAAGAA